UUUCUUGGUUUUUUAAAUUGACAGGCUGCACAAGGUUAUUGACUUGUCAGCACAGUUCACGAUCUUUGUGCUGUCCUCGCCACGGACUUCUUUACUACUGUCACAGAAGUGCAUCUAAGCCUGAAUGACGCCACUGGUGUUCACUCAAAAAGCAUCUUUGUGUUGUCCUUGCUCCUAGUGAUUUUUCAGAACUUUGUCGAACAUUAAAGAAGGUUAUCACCGAUGUAAACAUUACUGUGGGAAAAUAAAGAAAAAAAAAGGAAAAAAAAAGAAAAAAAGGAAAAAAAAGAAAUAAAAAAAGGAAAAAAAAGGGCAUCCUUGGUAGGGAUCCGAGAACCCUUCAUAAAAACAAGGAAAAAAAAAGAAAAAAAAAACAUUGCUGUUGCAGUUGAAGCUAUUCAAGCAUUGGGCAACUUUGCUAUGGAUCUGAGAACCCAUUUUUCGGCAAGAUGUCGCUUCUUAUUGCCUCUACUAUUGGAGAAAUUGUAGGAGAAGAAACCUACUUCAACGGAGGCCCUUACCCAAACUCUUCGGGCAAUGCCUAAGUCCAGAUGCUUGAGUGUAAAUGACACUGUUGAAGCUAUGAAGGUGGAAGUGAAAAACAAAGUUCGUCUUGUAAGAUCGAUGACGUUGAGCUGUGUUACAUUCUGUAUUGAAACAGUAACAGAGCGACCAUACUUAAGGUUCACGAGGAAUAUGUUCCCAUAUGCAUGGAGAUUGAUCUGCAUGGAUUAUCAGGCCCUUAAUGAUGGAACACCUGAUGUGAGGAAUGCAGCUUUCUCAGCUUUGGCGGCUAUUUCCAAGAUGGUUGGCAUGAGACCUUUGGAAAAGUCUCCAGAAAAAUCUGGAUGAUGUCAGA